GGAAUUACCUGAAUAAAUUCUGAACGUUAUGUUAUGACAUGGCUCUAAACUAUAUUGUUAUUUGUUAGAUAAAAUUAUAUAAGCUGCUGACUAAAGACGACGCCACAUAUCAGGUACAUAAAAAUUAACUCGAAUUUUUAAAUACAACACAUUCGUUAUUUAUAUUGUAUGGUGUUCAGCGUUAAAAAGUGUAUAUGAGUGUUUCUACCAAAAAUGAUUUCAAAAACGCUUUUAGUUACUUUUCCUAUUCUUGUAGUCUUGUGUCAUAAAUCGUCUGCACAAUAUGCACCAGCACCGCCAGGUGUCAAUCCGCAACUGUAUCAACAACAGCAACAGCAAGUACCUAUUCAACAUUUACCUCCACAACAAAAUGUUCCUCAACAAUUACCUUACCAACAGCAACCGCCGCCGCCACCACAGCAGCAGCAGCAUCAGCAACAUCAACAACAGCAGCAACAACAACCACCGAGUCAUGGCCACGGUUCCCAAGGACAUCAUCCUCAUACACAACAAGUGUUACAUAAUCCAAACUUAGCAGAAGAAAGCGAGCACAUAAAAAAACAUUUGGAUCUACCAACAUUAGACACAAGCAAAAUGUCUGAACAAGAAUUACAAUUUCACUAUUUCAAAAUGCAUGAUGCAGAUAACAAUAAUAAAUUAGAUGGAUGUGAACUUAUCAAGUCACUUAUACACUGGCAUGUUCAAGGUGGUCAUGAUCCCGCAGCGGGUGGAGCACCUCCCCAGGAAAAGAUAUUUACUGAUGAAGAAUUAAUGCAGUUAAUUGAUCCUAUAUUAACUAUGGAUGAUACAGAUUUUGAUGGUUUUAUAGAUUAUCCAGAAUUUGUUAUUGCUCAAAACAAAGCAGGCAGUACUCAGAAACAAUCGGCAUAAAAAAAUAAACAAUAUAAUUACAAAAAAUAAAUAUAAAUAAAAUUUUUUUUAUUUGGAAUUGAAUAUUACCUACUUAAUUGUUUUUGUUUUUAAAAAGCCUAAAAUAAGUAGGUUUUUUUUCAAAUUAUUUUUUAACAAAAACUAACGGUUAAAAACUACCAACUUUGUGAAAACUCAUAAAUAUGUAUUAAAUUAUUACUACUUACAAACAGAAAUGUAUUCAAUUGAAUAUAAAUAUAAUUAAUUAAGUACAAUUUAAAAAACUAGGAAACUAGGAAAGCUCAAUAUUUUACAUAUUUAUAAAAUUGAAAAAACAAAUAUUGAAUGGUUCUUCUUGUAUUCUAUAUUAUCAUAGUCAUACUUAUUUUUUUUUACAAAUAUAUUUCUUAUUUUUUUGA